CGGGUUGCUGGGCGGCGGCGCCGCUCCUGAGCGGCGGUCGGGCUCGCCGUCUCCACCUCCUCCCGUCCGUAAUCAGUGACGAGGUCCGCUACGUAAAUCCCUUCGCGGCGGGAUAAAUAAAGAAGAAAACAGGAAAGGAGGAGAACAUUGAUUACAAAUGUCUUAAUAAUGAACAAAUGUGGCAGGAAAAAAUAUAUUAAGACAAAUCUAAGACAAAUGACCAUGGAAACAAUUGAAUCUCAGCAGGAUGGAAGUAUAACAGAUUCUGUGGCAGAGAGCGAAUCUGCCCAUAUGCAGACUGAGACUGGUCAUAAUUCAUUCCCUACUUUAGCUCAGGUUUCUGUAGGUGGAUCAGGCACCGGAAGAGGCUCCCCAGCUGUAACCCUAGUACAGCUACCUUCGGGCCAAACUGUCCAUGUCCAGGGAGUAAUUCAAACACCACAGCCAUCAGUUAUUCAGUCACCACAAAUACAAACUGUGCAGGUAGCAACAAUUGCAGAGACAGAUGAGUCUGCAGAAUCAGAAGGUGUAAUUGAUUCUCAUAAACGUAGAGAAAUCCUUUCACGAAGACCUUCUUAUAGAAAAAUACUGAAUGAACUUUCCUCUGAUGUGCCUGGUGUUCCCAAGAUUGAAGAAGAAAAAUCAGAGGAAGAAGGAACGCCACCUAACAUCGCUACCAUGGCAGUACCAACUAGCAUAUAUCAGACUAGCACGGGGCAAUACAUUGCUAUAGCCCAAGGUGGAGCAAUCCAGAUUUCUAACCCAGGAUCUGAUGGUGUUCAGGGACUACAGGCAUUAACAAUGACAAAUUCAGGAGCUCCUCCACCAGGUGCUACAAUUGUACAGUAUGCAGCACAAUCAGCUGAUGGCACACAGCAAUUCUUUGUCCCAGGCAGCCAGGUUGUUGUUCAAGAUGAGGAAACUGAACUUGCCCCAAAUCACAUGGCUGCCGCCACUGGUGACAUGCCAACUUACCAGAUCCGAGCCCCAACCUCUGCUUUGCCACAGGGAGUAGUGAUGGCUGCCUCACCAGGAAGUUUGCACAGUCCCCAGCAACUAGCAGAAGAAGCAACACGCAAGCGAGAGCUGAGGCUAAUGAAAAACAGGGAAGCUGCCCGGGAGUGUCGCAGGAAGAAGAAAGAAUAUGUCAAAUGUCUUGAAAAUCGUGUGGCUGUGCUUGAAAACCAAAACAAGACUCUCAUUGAGGAACUCAAGGCCCUCAAAGAUCUUUAUUGCCAUAAAGCAGAGUAACUGUCUUUGACUUGGACCUUGUUUACUAUGAACUCUAAUCAAGGCAGGAGAUGCAGCAAUUCUACUAAUUGCCUUGUGGACUUGUAGAAGGGACACUUGUGACCCUUAAGAAUCCAGUUUGGCAUAGUGUUUGAAAUUGAAUUGGGAAUGUUGUUCCAAGAUUUAGAAUCCAACCAUGAUCACAUUUACCAUGCUUACUUCAGACUGUUUGUCAAUAGCAUGCAAAAAAUGUUUUGUUUGCCCUUUUGCUUCUACCUUUUUUUUCCAGGGAAGCUGCUAAAGAAUGUCGACGUCGAAAGAAAGAAUAUGUAAAAUGUCUGGAGAGUCGUGUUGCAGUGCUGGAAGUUCAGAACAAGAAGCUUAUAGAGGAACUUGAAACCUUGAAAGACAUUUGCUCUCCUAAAACAGAUUAGUAGAAAUAUAUAACUAUGAACUGAUUACAACAUGUACAGUUGCUUUUGAAGGCAAUACAAUAUUUAGCCGGCAAGAAUUAUGGCUUUUUUUUUUUUGUAUCAUUCAGCGUAUUCUGUCUAAUCUCUAACAUUCCUAAAAUGCUUCACUGUAUGUAGUUAAUUCUUAGCUGUAACUUCAAUUUUUAAAAAGAAACAAAGUAUAAACAAAGUUUGUAACAAAUUCUUAAAAUGCAAUAUUUGUAAGACUUGUUCCAAUGCUACAUAUAUACAGUUCCCAAUCUCUAUGUCAUGAAUAGCGUCCUAUGCAAUAAUUUUUUUUUUGCAGGUCUUUAAGAAUCAUUUUAGGAAAGGAUGAUCAAAGAUAAUGCAUCCAGCAGUACAAUAAGAGUAAACCACAUAAAAUACCUCAGGAAAGAAUUGAAAGAAAGAAUUGAAAGAAUCUAAUGACAUGCCUAUAUGAAAAUAAUAGCCUAUGAAUGAAUUUAUGGCAUUUGCAGAUUUUUAUAUUAGUUGCUUUGUAAAGAAAAUAUUGUAUUGCUGUCUUUGAAUGCCAGAGUUGAAGAGUUUUUAAUAGAACCAUGUUGGUUACACUUCAAUAGUGUGUGGUGCUCAUUUAACUAUCUGAAUAUUUACAACAAUUUUUAUUCUUUUGUAUAAUGUAAAGAUAUUGCAGAAGUUCUUAAUGUUGGUUUUAUAUUACCUUAUGGAAGUAACAACAAAAAAUAUCUGAAAUAAGUUAAAAGGUCAAGUUAAAAUUGUAUUUGCAUACCUUCAAGGGUAGGUGAGCCAUUUUCUACACUGGGUCAAGAACUGAGCAAAUACUCUUUAUUCCAUUUCAUUAGAAGGAUAGCCCAGAGCUUUUAUGCAGAAAAGUAGCCAUUAUAGAUUCAGUUUGUGUGACAUAGUAGGCCUUCCUGAUGAUGAUCUAGAAACUUCCUCUGAGGGUCCCAAAUUUCGAAUUUUAACUACCAGUUAAAGGCAUUUUAAAAUAAAAACAAAAACAAGCCAAUAUAUAUAUUUUCCAUUUCAAAACAACUUUGAAGUCUACAUUAAAGCAAAUAUGUUUAUGUCAGCACAUUCAGAUAAAGUUCAUUACAUCAAGACAACAGUGUUAACUACAAGUAUGCACAUUUCAUUCUGUUUUUAUAAUAAAAAGCUUUAGUUUACAAACCUAAAGCCCUAACCAUGUGAGGCUAUGUGAUCAUUCACUUGUUUAUGAGACAUCUGCUAUAUUUUCAACUAUAUCUUCUUAUUUGUUAAGAAUGUGCCACCUAUUCCUUGUUUAAUCGAGCUAGUCAUUGUGUUAUAGGGAGGUACAAAACAGGGCAUCAUUUGUAUAGCAUCUAAUUGCUAUUCAUCAUAAUUUCACUUUUUGUAACUCCCAGGUGGUAGGGCAUGCCAUUUUUUAACUUUAUUUAAAAAUAUUUAUUCUUCCUUCAGAGUCUGAACUCUGAAUUUCUUUUAUCUCAAUUUUUGUCUUCUAUAGAGAAGUAAGAUGAGGAAUGAAGACAAGGAAGAAAAGAGGAAAGGAAACACCCAAGUUUCAGGUGAAGGAAAAUGAUGCUUUAUACUCAUUAAUUCAUUCAUUACUAAAAAUCAAAUGUGUGCUCAGAGUGGUAGACAUUGGCAGGGAGACAUGAGAAUGGGCAGAUAAGAUGUGAACAGUGAAACGCAAUAAAUGUUAUAUGUUAGAAUUACAGAAAAAUGUAGGCAAGGAUUAAGUUAUUCAUGUAGGAGGCAGAUUUUGAACUAGGCUCUAAGUGAUUGAGCUGGGUAGGAUGGUAUUCCUGACAGAGAACACGAAACAUGUUUUAUUUCAAGGAGUCUAGAUUUUGGAGACAGGAGGUAAAGUUAGUACUCACUUAAGAGUUAGUUUAGUUUAAAAGGUAGGUGGACAAAAAAAAAAGGCAGGUGGGGAUUUUAUGUGCAUCUGUACUCUUCAAAAAAAAAAAAAUAGCCUGUGUUAUUUCGAGGAAGAGGAUUGCAUCUGAUUACUUGGGGCCAUAGAUAGCAGAUGUCGCCCAUCUCCCCAGUGGUUUAAAUAAUAAGGAAAUUUUAUUGCCUCAUAAAACUAGAAGUACAGAGACUGGAAAUCCCAGGGCUGCUUACUUCAGUGACUUAAUGAUUGCACCACAACUGGAUUCUUUCUACCCAUUCUGUUUCCUGUUUAGGUGGGUUUCCUGAUCCUCAUAUUACUGCCACAGUGGCAGACACCAGAGAGGGACAAGACACACCCUUUUCUUUUGUUCUGUUUUAAGAGCAAGGAAAACUUACACAGAAGGCCUUCAGCAGCAGACUCCCUCUUGAGUCUCACCAGCUAGAUUUUCAUCAUAACCUUCCUUAAGCAAUCACAGGCAAGGAGAAUGGAAUUAAAAGCACCAGGUUACUGGUGAAAAUUCAACCCCGGGUGCUCAGAGGGCUUUAAACUUCUAUGAAGCACACGGCUAAUUAAACUGGGGUUCUGGAAGAAUGGUAGGUAAGCUGGGGCAUUUGCCUUACAGAUGAUGCUUAAGCUCUUAAAACUGUUUCAGAAGUUAGGAACUGCUUGAGAGCCAAGCUCUCAAAUUGAACAAGAACUCAAUUCUUAGUGAUCUAAUUUCUUCUUGAAACCAAAGCUUUGGCUACUAAAAUAACACAAUUGGAUAGUUCUCCAUUCAACCUUAAACAGAUGCUGCCUACAAUCUCUUGCCAAACAGAGCAAACAGGAAGGUGGAAACUGUAUGAACAUUGCAUAUGUGCACAGUACUGUGGAGAAUCCAGGACUGUGGCUGCAUUUGUAUCAUUUUUUUAAAUCCAAAAUUUCAGAAUCUAGACUUUUGGAUAUAAAAAUUAUUGACCCUGGAUCAUGGGAUUAUGUCACAUUGUCAUAUUUAACUAGGUAGUUCAUGAUGUUAAGUCAUUGGAAAUGGGCAAGUAAUGAAAAUGAGCUGCCAAGUAGUGUGUGUCUGAAUCCUGCUCACCUGAGAGGCCACUUUGUGUCAGCAACCACACUUCUGCUUUUUUCACAUACCCUUCUUAUGCCCAGUGCAUGCUGUUUUCUAUAUGCCUAAAGUAUACCUCUCAAGAACAUAAUUGGGACUUGUGAAACCAACACAGUUUUUUCAGUCUUCAGCCAAAUAUAAUUAAAUAAGUUGAACAGGCAGGAGACAAGCCAUGAUGUAAUGAGUUUUGCUCUGCUUUAUACCAAGGUUUUCAGAAACUUAAACUUUUGUAAAAGAUGGUAAACCAAACACACAGGCCUGAUUCUGAACUACUCAAGCAUGGUGUAUUUUC